UAAUAUACCAUCACUUUACCACUAGGAUCACCCAAGUACACGUUACGCGGUCGAUUGUAGGCUUUGUUUUUUAAUUAAACACACACACGACUCUGCAGGUCUCGGGUAUAACAUGUGCCACGAUGUUCUCUCAAGCGUGUGUGUAAAACAUUAUAUUAUUAUUGUUACCUACUGUUGUUGUGCGAUGAUGUUCACUGGACGGAAACGAAUGGCGUGGCGAACCGACGUUGCUAUAGGGACCGCUGUGGGUUUUCCGGCUAAACAAUAAAAACCGUAUAGUGGUCGAGGAGGGGGUCGAUUGGUGAGUGGGCUCGCCUGCACUCGAAUUUACAGCAGCUCAUAUUAUACUUACCUCUGCUGUCCACCCGCACUCAUGGGAGGUCGGUCGAAGGAAUGCAACUGUCAGAGUUUAGGUACACCCUGGUGCUGGUCGUCCAGCUGGCGCUGCUCGCCAUCGACCUGUUGUUCAACACGUUCAUCCACCGGUACCUGGCCAACACGGGCAUCUCAAUUUUGCUCUUCGUGCUCCAAGACAUCGGUCAGCUGGUCGCCAUCGCCGUGUUGCUCAUCACGUUCUUCCAGACCAAUAUAUUUCAGGCCGGUUUUAUUGUGUUGCUGUUCAACGAGUUCCGGUCGACUAUCAUUACCGGCGUCGGUUAUUUUGUUCUAACCCUGUUCGUGCAGGUGUGGACUCUGACGAACCGUUUCAAGGGACAGGUGUACUUCUACUGGCCAGACGGACUUUACGUAUUUUUUGUCUUACACAAGUUCACUUCAUGUUUACAUUACUACUUAUAUAAAAGAACAGCCCUAUGUAUAUCAGAUCCUAAAUUUUAUACUGAUGAAUGGAUUAAUCAUCGCAUAAAUCAAGAAUCAGAACAAAGAAGUCCUAAGUAUUGAUGAAAUUGGAUUGUAAAACAUGUAGUCAAUGGUAUGCAUAACUUCGCCUUCGCCUCCACGAAUCUUCCAAGAAGUGUACAGUGGUUCUGAGCCAGACAAUUUAUAUGCACUAUCUAGUGGUAAAUAAGAACAACUACACAUGGUACUGUAAACUGGUUCUGUAGGUUCUGCAUUAAAAUCACCACAAACAAUUGUUGGGCGGCCAGCUGCAUGAGAAGAUAUGAAUUGUAGUAAAUCUUUCCCCUGUUCGUUUCGCAAGGUUGAAAGCAAGGCUCCUUUACGAGCUUUUAGAUGAGUAGUAGAAACACAUAAUUCUUUUUGUGUACUUUUAUCUU